AUGGAAGGGCUCGAAGAUAGGAUUCAUAAUCAAAAAAAUUUCAGAAUAUGUUGUAGUACACAUGGAAUCUUUGAUGGGUGGUGUCUAAGAGAAAUAUGGGAAAGGGAAAAUGGUUACUGGCGAAAAUUUAUAAAUGAUCCUGCUAACGUGUCAUAUCAAUUCCCCAGUUUGGGAGAGUCUGUAUACUUGAAUGACCAGUUUAAACUAUUGCGAAAGCCUUCAAUUUGUCAGGAUAUGUUCUGGGCAGAUGAUGGAACUUCUAUUGUUACAGUUCAUGAUGACUAUGGGAUAAGGCAAUUCUUGAUCCCUGAAUGGGAUAGUGAGAAUAAGCUAAUGGUACCAUUUACCAGGUUCUUCAGAAACCAGUCAGUUAUGACGAGCAAGGUUCAUCACAAAUACUCUCUCUUCAACGAUACGCAGGAGUAUAAUGUGAUUUUGCUGGGCACCAGAAACCUUCCUUUACAGCUUCUUCCUCUGCAGUCCAAUGAUGCUGAUGUCGGAACGCUACAGAGCUACAAUGUCAUUGAUAAAAGUAAUGAAACAUAUCUUGUACCGUAUGCCCUGAGCUUCAAUGGUGACCGUCAAUUCUUGGCUGGGUUCAAAAGGAACAAAGUUUCACUUUAUGACCUGACCAGAAGUCAAGCGGUGCUCUCUACAGGGCACACAAAACAACAAUGUGGUCGGUCUAUUCAAAAGAAUAUUGUGUCAUGCUUUGACCAACAGUCAUUUCACGGUGGCUUUGCUGAGACAACUAGGACCUUUGGCACUUACAAAAAUGAACUUUAUCUGUUUGAUCGAAGAAUUCCUGAUUCCAAGUUGCUAUAUAGAUCCCGUGAGGGGAGGGGUUUGACUCAGAUAUUAAAAAGCUUAAAUGGACAUUACAGCUACCUUAUAAGGCGUAAUAGUAACAAGAUAGAAAUUCUUGAUGCUCGCCAGUCUUUCGCAAAAGUAAAUGAACUCAAACUUCCGAAAAAACUAUCAAAUCAAAAUAUGAAGGCUUGUAUCACAAGGUCAGGUGGUUUGAGUAUAGGAACUUAUCACGGAACUAUUGUAAAUUGGUCUAAAGAGCUCAUAGAGUUUGGCGGUAUAGAACGCGAUAGCAAAGCGGGUGAAGCUCCCAUACCUGCAGAAGGUGAAAUACAACUAAACCUACCCAACUCCAAUGUAAACGUUGUCAACCAGUCCCCAAUAGACGAAGAGAUAUAUGCAGUUUCAUAUUCACCCGAUAAAUCUAUCGAGGAGCCUACAGGACAAGAGCGUUCGGGUAUACUUAUUAUGGAGAAUUAUCCAGAGUAA